AUGGCAGCAUACGAGGAAAGAAUUACCAAGCUUGAACUCGUUAUAAAGUGGAAGUGUGGAACUGAUGAGGUGAGGAAGAUAAUUCAAGAAGAACUGGCAAACUCUGUAAGUUCAUCCAAGGAUACCCAUACUAGUAUCAAUGAUGCUACAUCUACUAUAUUAUCGGAGCUUAACGAUAAAAAACGCAGAGAAAACAAUAUAAUCAUUUUCGGGGUUGACGAAAAAGAGGAUAACGGGGACGCAAAACAUGCGGAUUUGGAGAUAGUUACAAAGAUGCUUAAAACCUGCAAAGUCUCGGCUGAGGGAUUGAAUGACAUUCCCAAGAUUACCAGACUAGGCAGAAAACAACAGGAGAAAACCCGACCCAUCCUAGUCAGCUUCGGUAGCAUUGCUUAUAAAUCUGUGUUUUUCAAAAAUAUUCGGAAUCUUCAAACCAAUGAUGAUUACAAAUCCAUUCGGAUUAAUAAUGAUCUGACCAAAUCAGAAAGAGAAGGAGAGGCAGCACUAAGGGGAGAAGCGAAAAAGAGAAACGAGAAGGAAACCGGGGGUUUUGUCCACAGGGUAAAAGGCCCCCCAUGGAACAGAAAAAUCGUGAAAAUCAAAACGAAAAUUCGGGAAGAUUAA